AUGGCUGAGACUAAGGUUACCGACUCUAAGCGAGAUGAGACGGAAAAUGCUAGCGAGAGAGUCACUCAAGCUCAGGCUGCGAAACCAAGAGAAGCUGAAGAACCUGCUUCUGUCGAGAAACCCGAAUCAUCCGUGGAUGCUAAUCAGGAGAGCGCGAAGAAGAAGCCUUCGUCGGAUCCCUUGACAUCGGGUCCGCUGAUGGUCAUCGCGGUGCUUCUACCGGUGGUGCUGGCAGCGGGUGUGUUGAUCCAACAACGGUCCACGGCAGCCGACCUCGCCCAGAUGCAAACAGCCGCUCUCAGCUGGCUCGACUUCGGCGCGUUCACGGCGAAGAAGCCGGUCCCAGCGGGCGAGCAGCGGAUCAUCCAGCUGUCGGCGUGGAAGCCGCGCGCGUAUCUGUACAAGGGCUUUCUCUCCGACGCCGAGUGCGACCACCUCAUCCGCCUCGCGCAGCCGCGCCUGGAACGGUCGGAGGUGACGGACAGCGAGGACGGGCACAGCGAGGUGAGCGAGGUGCGCACGAGCAGCGGCAUGUUCCUGGAAAAGGGCGAGGACGCCGUCGUGCGAGCCAUUGAGGACCGCAUCAGCCUCUGGACCUUCCUGCCCCUCGACAACCAGGAGUCGCUGCAGAUCCUGCGGUACGGCGUGGGGCAGCAGUACGAGGCGCACCACGACUACUUUAACGACCCGGUGAACACGCAGCAGGGCGGGCACCGCUACGCCACCGUGCUCAUGUACCUCAACAACGUCACACGGGGAGGCGAGACCACGUUCCCCGAGCACAAGGACCCCUCGCCCAAGGACGACUCCUGGACUGAUUGUGCCAAGGGCGUGCUAGCAGUGAAGCCAGUGAAGGGAGACGCGCUGCUGUUUUACAACCUGCACCCGGACGGGUCAGUGGACCCCAGCAGCCUGCACCACGCGUGCCCUGUGGUGGAGGGGCACAAGUGGUCCGCGCCCAAGUGGAUUCACAUGCGCUCCUACGACUCCCCUGCUCCCGGCUUCCAGACGGGUGGCCUCUGUGUCGACGCCAAUGGCCUGUGUGAGGCAUGGGCGGCCACGGGUGAAUGUGAGAAGAACCGGCCUUACAUGAUUGGCACAGCUGCCCACCCCGGUGCCUGCCGCAAGGCGUGUAAUGCAUGCGAGGAUGUCACUUCCGAGUAUAGUGAGGACGACUAUGCCGACACAGAGUCGGAAUCUGGAGUUGAGGGGAAAGGGGGUGACAAAGAGAUGUUAAACAGGGCAAGCGAGGUGGAGGGUGACAGUGCAACCAGCGGCGAUACAGUGCAAUCAUCAUGA